AGGGGAACAACACCUGGCUAGGACAAAACCCCAGAGCAAACACUAGUCCUAACUCAAAUCACCCGAGAAGCUUAACCAUGCGCUUCCCGCCUCGCCCGUGAAAUCUCCCGAUCUUCCUCCUCCUCCCGCGGUUUAUCCUGGAAGAACACCUACCGGCUGCCUGUUGUUAUUACAGCGGUGAGCAGAGCAGAGCAGCAUCCAUCCAUCCCAUGGACGGCGGCAGCCUCCGCGCGCUGGGCGCGACUCCGGGUUCGGCGGUGUCGUCGCUGCUCCUGUCCCCCGGCGGCGCCACGGCGCUCGAGGCCGUCUUCUCCCACCUCCCGCCGCCCGCCUCCAUCCCGGCGCCGCUCGGCUCCAGCGUCUACUACCGCCAGAGCGAGCUCCUCCGCUCCUUCGCCGCCACCCACCCCUGCAGCUCGUCUUCUUCCUCGUCGUCUUCGGUCGCGAAUUUUGCCACCACUUCUUUCCCUACAGCCGCCGGCGCCGGGGAAGACGAUGGGGCGCCGCCGAGGGGGGCGAAGCUUUACAGGGGCGUGCGGCAGCGGCAGUGGGGGAAGUGGGUGGCGGAGAUCCGGCUGCCGCAGAACCGGGUGCGCGUCUGGCUCGGCACCUACGACUCGCCCGAGACCGCGGCGCACGCCUACGACCGCGCCGCCUACAGGCUCCGCGGCGAGUACGCGCGCCUCAACUUCCCCGGCGUCAUGGACAGCGCCGAUGCCGCGCGCGUUCCCGACGCGCUCCGCCCGCUCCGCGACGCCGUCGACGCCAAGAUCCAGGCCAUCCGCGUGCGCAUGGCGCGCAAGCGCGCCCGCGCACGCCGCCUCCGCGAGGAAACCAAGCAGCAGCAGCAGCAGCAGAAGAUCGUCAGCCAAGCGCCGCCGCCGACGGCCGCCGUCUCCGAGAGCGCCGCCGCGACGUCGGAGACGACUACGACGACCUCCUCGUACGGGUCGCCGGAGGCGGCGCUCUCCAUGGGCGCGGCCUCGGCGGACGCCAUCGAGUGCUCGCUGGAGCGGAUGCCGUCCUUCGACCCGGAGCUCAUCUGGUCGAUGCUGAGCUUCUAGGCGGAGCGGAACCAUGCACACGAAACCAACCGCGUGUUCUGAGUUCUUAGGAUUUGCAGGUAGCAGCAGCAGGUGUUGGAUUUUUCGUCAGUGAUCACGAAGAAGAGGAUACAGUUAACAUGUCAUUACUCCUACUAUUGUUACAAGGAUAUGGACAAUAAAAUGGCCCAAGAAAAAGGUUGGGCGUGCUAGCGAAUUAGUACUGAUUAAAAUUAGCAGUAGUUGCAUAUAUACAGCAUCUGCCAUGGGUUUUCGCAUCCGUAUCGACCAGAUGUAUAAACUGAUCUCUGAAUUCCAUAGCUCUACAUAAGUGUUGAUUUCAGUGUUCUUCAACAAGUCUAAGCUCUUGUAGCACCAUUCUUCUC